CUCGCUCGCGCACCCGCUCCCAUGUCCGCCGACGCCGGCGCCAACGGCGGCGACGACUUCUUCGCCGCCUCGCAGUCACCGCCGCCGCGCAGCGCUGCAGCCAGUAGCGGCGCCCCGCGCCCCAAGCUCUUCCUGCAGGACGACGAGGACGAGGAGCUGCUAGCUGACGAUGAUGAGCCGAUGGAGUUGAUCCGAGCUGCCGAAGAUGCAGAAGGCGUCUCGAAGAAGCGCAAGGCGGACGACGAAGCUGGCCCGAGCCGCGUGGGCAGCUCUAGCGCACCGCAGGCAGAGGCUGGGCCCAGCCGCGGCCGGAGCACCAGCUCGCCUGUGGCGUCAGCAGCGCCCACGUGGACGAGGCGCUACAUUGGCAGCUUCAUCAUCUCCGCCUGGUCGCUUUCCAAGGGCACCAGCUACAUCCAGCAGGGCGAUGCAGUGGCCAUCACGCGCCAGAAGCCCAAGGCCGCAGCGCCGCCGGCGCCGGCGAAGGGCACGGCGGCCAAGGCGGGCAAGGGCGCAAAGGGAGGCAAGCAGACGAAGCUGAGCUUUGGAAAGGCGGCUCCGGCACCGCCGCCUAAGGCGCCGAAGAAGAUGAAGGAGGACUACAUCGUGCGCUUCAACAAUAUGCGUGGCUUCGAGGUCGGCCGCGUCACGUCGGACAUCGGCAUGUGGAUGUCGACGCUGCUCGACCACGACAUGGCCACUUUCGACGGCACCGUCGUCGAUUGCCCGCCCAGCUUGACCGUCGGCUGCGACGUGCUUCUGGAGAUCAAGGCCUACCUGUGCGUCUCGGCCUUUCCGGUCAUCAACACCUUCACGGCCAGCGUGGCGGAGGACCCCGGCUUUAGCCCGUGGGGCAAGGAGACUGCAGAGACGCAGGCGGAGCGCACGCUGCGCGCCCGCAAGGUGGCGCUCAUCAAGCUCUUCCGCGCGUGCACUCUGUCGCCGAGCCUCACCAACCGUCUGAUGAAGCGCGUCGAUGCUAGCGAUGCGCUUGAGGAAGAUGCGGAGCCGGCAGCAGCUGGGCCUGCCAACGGCAGCGCGGCCGCGAAGACCAGCGUCGCUACGCAGCAGAAGGCGGCCUCAGGCUCGAAGCCCGCCGGCAGCCAGAAGGUAGAUGCCAUCAUCGUGUCGGACGACGAUGUCGGCGCCAAGCCGACAGGUAGUGCUGCAGACGCCAGAAAGCGCAGUGUGUCGCCGAGCAAGUCCGACUCUGGCCUCUCGACGGCCGAAGAGGUCAAUGACGGAACGGAGCUGGAGGAGGACCAGCUGGGCGCGGUGUACAAGGCCGCGCAGCGCGCGGACCACGACCUGCCCGAGGUCGAGCCGUCUGAGACGUUCGCGCUGGAGCUCAAGCCUUACCAGAAGAAGGCGCUCGGCUGGCUCAUCUCGAUGGAGGCCAAGCAGUCCGGCGGCGCACGCGAGCUGAGCCUGCAUCCGCUGUGGGAGGAGUACACGUUCCCCAUCGACGAGAGCGAUGCGAUGGCCGCCUCCGAGCUCGUCGAGGCAGGAGAGGCAUUCAGCAAAUUUUACUUCAACCCGUACACGGGCCACCUGUCGCUCACGUUCCAGCGCGCCAGCCGCGGCGCUCGUGGCGGCAUCCUCGCCGACGAGAUGGGCCUCGGCAAGACAAUUCAGAUGGCCGCGCUCAUUGCCUCGAACACCGGCGAGGAAGACAGCGAGUCGGAGCCUGAAGAGAUCGAGGAGGACGAGGACGACGAGCCCGUGCGCAAGCGUGCCUUCCGGCAGAUCUCGCUGGCACAGUCGUUCGCCGCCACGCGCAACCCCUCGUCGCCCGACUCGGAGCGCCAGCGGCUCAAGACUGCACUGCGUGCGGCCGUCAAGCACCACAAGGUGACGCUCGUCAUCGUGCCCAUGAGUCUGCUCGGCCAGUGGCGCGAUGAGCUGUUGCGCGCGAUUCCUGGAGCCGAGGUGAUGCUCUACUACGCCGAGACGAAGGGAGACCUGAUGGCGCGUCUGGAGGGCGGCAGCGUCGACGUCGUCAUCACGUCGUUUGGCACGCUCACGACGGAGCACAAGCGCUACACAGACGCUGGCGGUGCAGCCGCCCAGCGCAACUUGACGAAUUCCGCGCCGCUCUUCUCGGUGAUGUGGGCGCGCGUCAUCGUCGAUGAGGCGCACACGAUUCGCAACCGCGUGACGCGCGCUUCCAAGGCAUGCACUGAGCUGCUGGCGGCCCGUCGCUGGGCGCUCACGGGCACGCCGAUCGUCAAUCGGCUGAGCGACCUCUACUCGCUGCUGCGCUUCCUGCGCGUCGAGCCGUGGGGCGACUACAGCUUCUUCAACACCUUCAUCAGCAAGCCCUUUGCCAACGGCUCUCCGAAGGGCAUGCAGGUCGUGCAGGUCGUGCUCGAGAGCCUGCUGCUGCGCCGCACGAAGAGCAUGAAGGACAACGACGGCAAGGCUAUCGUCGAGCUGCCCGAGAAGGACACGAUCGUCAAGCGCCUCACCUUCAGCCCGCUCGAGCGCGAGAUCUACCGCCUCACGUACGAGCGUGCGCACCUGCAGUACGCCAAGCUGCGCGCCAACGGCACGAUCGGCAAGAACUUCAGCUUCAUCUUCGCGGUGCUGAUGCGUCUGCGCCAGGCCGUGUGCCACCCGCUACUGGUACUCAAGAAGCCGAACAAGAAGGACGUGCAGGAAGAUGUCGAGGAGGAAGCGGUGGAGCUCGACGAGGAGGGCGAGGUGGAGUCGGAGCUCAAGCGCCUCGUCAGCGAGUACCAGCGCGGCCUGGACCUCGAGGACGGCGACGACGGCGUGGAAGCGGCCGACGUCGACGAGCUCACCGACCUGCUGGAGAAGCAGCACGACUCGUUCGAAGAGUGCCCCUUUUGCCUCGAGGAGAAGACGGAGGUGUGCUUCAUGCCGUGCCGCCACGCCGGCUGCCGCACCUGCAUCAUGGCGCACAUGGAGCUCUGCGAGGGCAAGGACGAACGCCCGCGCUGCCCUACGUGCUCGCAGACCUUUGCCAUGAAGGACCUCGUCAGUGCCGUGCGCACGCGGCCGCGCCAGAACCGCCUGGUCGAAGAUGGCGAGGAUGACGAGGCGCCGGCCGAGGACGCACACUCGCAGCCGUCCCUCAUCUUCCGCAAGACGGACUUCCGCAGCAGCACCAAGCUGGAGGCUCUCAUUGACGACCUCAACGAGCUGCGCUUCGCCGAGCCUGGCUUCAAGGGCGUCAUCUUCUCUCAGUUCACGGCCUUUCUGGACCUGCUCGAGGCGGUAUUGCGCCGCAACCACUAUGCAUACGUGCGUCUGGAUGGCACGACGAGCCAGAAGGACCGCGAGCGCGUGGUCAAGGAGUUCACAAAGGCGCCCAAGUCGAUGCUCAUCCUCGUCUCACUCCGCGCCGGAGGUGUCGGCCUCAACCUCACGGCCGCGCACCACGUCUGGCUGCUCGACUACUGGUGGGCCGCGGCGCCCGAGUCGCAGGCCAUCGACCGCAUCCAUCGUCUGGGCCAGGAGCGUCGCGUGACGGUGCAUCGCUACAUCAUCGACAACACAAUUGAAGACCGCAUCCUCGCCAUCCAGGCGCGCAAGACCGCCAUGAUCGGCGCCGCACUUGCCGGCACAGGCUCGGGCGACAAGUCUGAGGCGCUGCAGAACCUCGAGCUCCUCUUUGGCAGCUCCUAGGCUUCGUGUCAGGCCUCCUCGUUACCCGCAUCGUCCCGCACACAUUUGUACAACAGCACACACUGCACUUCUCAUUGCUACUGCAUUGCCCACCCAUGAGG